CAAUCCUGGAGCAACAAGUCCUAUGGGAGACUUAAGUGCUUUCUUUGCGAGGUGCCUCGAGGGCCUUGGGCCAUGAUAUACGACUUUCCAGAGCCUGUCUGCAGAGCCUGCUGCAACUACGAGGGAAUCGAUCGCAUUUCUGAAGUGAUCGACAAAGCCAGACAGAUGAGAAGAUCGUUUGAUUCACAGCAUCACCAUCAUCAACCGUCGCACAGUGGUCAAGAACAUGCAGCUGCUAGUUUUGGGUCCUCUCGCACAUACUCAAGCAAUGGUACCCACAACUACAGCUCCACUAGAAUUGCUUUCCCUAUGCACAAAAGCAUUCCAAUGAAGUCCAUCCGCAACAAGAAACAACUCAACGGUUCGCGCAAUACAAGAUACCUCAACAUUCUCAGCAAAUCUCCUCCAUUUCGAGUUCGCUUCUCUAAGGAUCAUUCUCUGAUGGGAAGAAGUUAUCGCUUUGAUGCUGUUUGCAGAGGGUCGGACUAUGAGCUGAAAGUUUUUGUCGAGUAUCCUAUAGGCUCAGGCACUGUGUUUCAAAGUGCAUCUGGAGCAGGGAACAAAUGCUUUCGAGGAGCUUCUUCGAAUGGAUACAAAGAUUUGGAAUUCGAAAAAACUCAUGGAGAUGAAGAAUGGCGCGUUCUAGGCGAAUUGCUAACAGAAGAAGUUCGAUUUUUCCGUGGACCCGUCAAAAAGACCUCCUCCCUCUGCCAUACGGUUGACCCCAAACACCCCAACAUUCCACCAGCAAACCAUGAGGCUCCACCCGCGGCGAAAACCCAUCUUCCCCCUCAGAAAGUAAUGGUUCCCCACGAACCAAUGGAGCUUCCAGUCCACACUCUCCUCAUGAUAAGAAAACUGCUGAAGCAAUGGAGUGUUUUGCUCUGUCACAAAGCACUUGAUGACACCAGAUUUGUACAAUGUCCAUCAAUGGCGAUGCAUAAAUUUUGUUUCUCAUGCUCUCACAGUAUUAAACAACAAAUGUCUAACUCCAAAGAUGUCUAUUGUCCAAGUGGACUGAAAUGUUUAGUUCAAGGUAGUACGACACUUGGGGCAUUUAUGGAACAAGAAAUCACAACAAUUUUAAGUCUGAGUGUUAAAAACUAUUAA